AUGCCCAAAGCCUACUUCGUCAACAAGCGUGAGGCAGCGCGCGCCUUCAACUCGGACGAUGACGACGACGAUGACGAGCUGGAGCAGCUCGAUCUGGAUGCCAUCUAUCAGAAGGACAUGGUGCUCUUCUGCAUCGAUGCUGGACCCUCCAUGCACCGCAUUGAUCCCAUCACCAACACUUCACCCCUCUACUCGGCUCUCAAAGCUGCGGCCUCGCUGAUGCAGAAGAAGCUCAUCUCGUCACCGCACGACCACGUCGGCGUGUUGAUCUUCAACUGCGCAGAGACGCUCUUCCGCUCCGCAAAGCCGGGGGAGUAUUACAAGGGCAGCUACGAGCUUCAGUCCGUCCGUCAGGUCAAUGUACCGGACACAUACAACCUCAAAGCAUUGCUGCAUGAAGCAGAGAGCGAUCCCAAGCAUCUGCAGGAUGUUUUGCCGCCAGCAGAGAAGCAGAUGCGCGUCGACUGGGCGCUCGCCAACGCAGGUGUCGCCAUGGUCGCAGCGGCCAAUGCAGGAAGCAAGCGAGUAUUCUGGAUCACGGACAACGACGAUCCGCAUCCGAUGAGCAUCGAUCCCAAGGCGACCAAGGCGAGAAGGGCAUGCCUCGACAAGAUGAACGAGUUCCGCAAGAUCGGCGUGCGCAUCGAGCCAUUCUUCAUCAACCCAAACAACGCCACAGGCCCAUCGCAAGCAUCAUCGAGUGAUCUGACGCGUGGGUUUGAGAUCAACAAGUUCUAUGCGGACGUGUUUGCUCACUACGACGACGAUCGCGAGGACGACGAGGAGAGCUUUCACAGGCCAAGGCUGCCCGCGGGGUUCGGCAGGACAGCAGCAGAGCAGCUGAAGGGUCAAGAGGUCAAGCGCAGUCUUUGGGACUCUGCAGUACGAUUCCAAGAGCUCGAGGACGACAUUGCCACGCGCGAGACGCCCAAGCGUGUUGUCUUCAAUAUCCGAUUCGAGCUUGCCGCUCUCGACCCGCCGCCUGAGCCUUCGUCCGCAGAAAACGGCGCGGGGGAAGCCGAGCAGAGGCUGCCCCAGGCUCGCACGCGCGGACGCAAGUGGCAGAUCGGUGUCAAGGGCUACAGCCUCGUCUCGCGGAGCACCAAGGGCAACACUGUCAAGGUCAUCGUCGACGACGAGUGCGGAGAGCUGAAGGAGGUCGUUACGCAUCAGCACUACAUCGACGCCAACACGGGCAAGCCGCUGUCCAAGGAACAGGUGAUCCCAGCUUUCCAAUUUGGCAACUCGUCCAGCUUGCGCGGCCAGGUAACCUUCACACCGCAGGAGCUCAAGAGCAUCAAGUCGUUCGGCAUGCUUCCAUGCCUCAAGCUGAUCGGUUUCCGCAAUCGAGACGAGUUGCUGAAGUUCGAGUGGAACGUCAAGCACGCCUACUUUAUCUAUCCGUCGGACAUCGAAUGGAAGGGGAGUAGAAAGACGUUCACCGCGCUGCUCAAGUCGAUGCUGAGCAAGAACAAGGUGGGACUGGGGCUAUUCAUGCCAAGGCAGAACGUGGUGCCUGUCUUUGUGGCGAUUGUGCCGCAAGAGGAAGAAGUCAGCGAAGACGGACAGCAGCUCAUCGCCCCGGGGAUGCACAUCAUCACUUUGCCUUAUGCAGACGAUGUGCGCGAUGUGCCAACCAACCUGCUCUCCACCGCGGAUGCGAAAGACGAGCAGAUCGACAAGGCAGUCGCCUUCAUCGAGCGCUACCAGAAGAAACAGCCGUUCAACCCGGACCACUACCCAAACCCUGCCCUCAAUCACCACUACUCCGUUCUCAUGGCGACCGCCUUUCAAGAGCCCGUCCCUGCCGCACCCACCGACCUCACCGUCCCGCAGUACGCCACCAUCAAGAAGCGAACUGCGCAUCUCAUCCAAGAGUGGCACGACGCCAUCGACCAAGAUCCGCGCCUCUCCAUGGUUGCGGCUAGCAGCAAGCAGCCCAAGACCAGCACCAGCGUGCGCAAGACGACCUUCGAGGACGAUACUGAGAUCAUGGACCUGUGGGAGCGCGGAAAGUUGAGUGCGUACACAGUAGCAGAGCUCAAGUCGGUGUGCGACUUCUAUCGGCUCGACAACAAGGGCAGAAAGCCGGAUCUGCUCGUCAGGAUCGAUGCGUGGAUCCGCAAGCAGAGGAAGGGCGAGGCGUGA